AUGUUUACACCCUUAUAUGCGCGUACACCCUUAUGGACGGAGGGCCUAAGAAGAGAGGGGAAGCGGCAGAGGGAAGGGCCAGAGAGGAAAAUGGAAGUGGCAGAGGGAAGGACCAGAGAGGAGAGGGGAGGGCCGAGUGGAGAGGGGAAUCGCUGGAGGGAAGGGCCGGAGUGGAGAAGGGAAGCGGCAGAGGGGAGGGCCAGAGAGGAGAGGGGAAGUGGGAGAGGGGAAGUGGCAGAGGGGAGGGCUGGAGUGGAGAGGAGAAGCAGUGGAGGGAUUGGCAGGAGAGGAGAGGGUAAGCGGUGGAGAAAAGGGCCAGAGAGGAGGGCCAGAGAGGAGAGGGGAAGCAGCAGUGGGGAGGGCCGGAGUGGAGAGGUGAAGCAGUGGAGGGAAGGGCCAGAGAGGAGAGGGGAAGCGGUGGAGGGAAGGACCAGAGAGGAGGUGGGAAGUGGUGGAGGGAAGGGCCAGAGAGGAGAGGGGAAGGCCGAGUGGAGAGGGGAAUCGCUGGAGGGAAGGGCCGGAGUGGAGAAGGGAAGCGGCAGAGGGGAGGGCCAGAGAGGAGAGGGGAAGUGGGAGAGGGGAAGUGGCAGAGGGGAGGGCCGGAGUGGAGAGGAGAAGCAGUGGAGGGAUUGGCAGGAGAGGAGAGGGUAA